CCAUACACGACAGACGGGAACACGUUGUUGCAUUUGGCGCGUACAAGAUCCGUGAACGACUUUUAUUUCGUUACCGUCUAUCAGUUUCAUUGAGAAAAAUUCAUCGUUCAAGCGAUUUAGAAUAAUCUCCAGACUAUUUUUCGUGCGAUCCACGUCAACAAUCGGUUGAUCGAGGAACGAUGCCAUUCGCGGACGGCCACGUUGUCAACGGGUAUAACGAUCACCAGAACCAGAAACGACCCACGGAGAAUGAGUUCUUGCACACAGGUGUCAAGCAUGUACGGCACAGCACAUACACGUUCGAGGCCCUGCAAGAAUCGGCGCAGUACCUCCUGGACCGUGUCAAGAUAAGGCCAAAGAUCGGAAUAAUAUGCGGCUCCGGAAUGGGAUCAAAUGAGCAAAACGAGUUGUGUCCAGGUUCGCUGGCGGAAUACCUCGAGGACAAGCAGUGCUUCCCUUACGAAGAAAUCCCACAUUUCCCUGUGUCCACAGUGCAGGGACACAAAGGUCAGAUGGUCUUCGGUAUUCUGCACGGUGUGCCGGUCAUGUGUAUGCAGGGAAGAUUUCAUUAUUACGAGGGUUAUCCCCUUUGGAAAUGCGCGAUGCCAGUGAGAGUUAUGAAACUCGUGGGCGUGACCCAUCUGAUUGCGACAAACGCAGCGGGAGGUUUGAACCCCAGGUACAAGGUCGGCGACAUUAUGAUGGUGAAGGAUCACGUGAACAUGAUGGGCUUCGCGGGAAACAACCCUCUUCAAGGACCCAACGACGACAGAUUCGGCCCGAGGUUCCCGCCGAUGAACAAAGCGUACAGCACCACGCUUUUAGAUAUAGGCCAACAAGUAGCCGACGAGAUGGGCAUCAAUGAUAUUGUGCACAAAGGUGUGUACACGUGUCUCGGCGGGCCGAAUUUCGAGACCGUUGCGGAACUGAAGAUGUUGAGGAUGGUUGGCGUCGACGCGGUCGGAAUGUCCACGGUGCACGAGGUGAUCACCGCUCGCCACUGCGAUCUCUCGGUGUUCGCGUUCAGUUUGAUCACGAACCAAUGUGUGAUCGAUUACGAGAACCACGAUGAGGCGAAUCACGAGGAGGUGAUGGACGUAGGAAAGGCGAAGCAAUCGUUGCUACAGGAUUACGUGUCGCGUAUCGUGAUACGGCUGAAGGACAUGACGAAUAUAGAAGCGAAAUGAUUCGAUCGAUACCGAACACUCCUGUUUUUUUUACACGGUUAAGAAAACGUUUCUUCGCAUCGUGCUUUACAAGAACCGUGUUUCACGGGCGGACACGACGAGGAAGAACGUCUCGACGCGCGCGUGUCACCGAGUACAAUUUGUUCUACGUGUGAAAAUCACGAAAAAAACACGAACGAUGUAAAUUAUUUCGAAUGUUAUAGACGUUUAAGGGGGGAACAUGCGUGGAAAAAACUCGCGGACGGCUACGAUAAAAUUUCCAGGCCAGCGUUUUUUUCCUGCGCACGGCUCGAGGAUUAGCCUCGAUCGCGUCCGGAUUACCAACACGGAGGAUCAUAUUUAAUUUAACGCGCAAACGCCGAUGCAUUUUUCCCGUGAAAUCACGAUUUUAUAUCACCCCAUCCGGCUUUCCCGCCAGACUCCGGCGAGUUUUUUACCCGGCUGCGAACGACCGGUGCACAGGCAUUUUGUAUCGAGCGAUGUUGGCG